CAGUCAAACCCCGAAGUUCGGAGUGUUAGGACUCUGGUCACUUUAAUACAAUGAAUUAUUGUUUAUUAAACGGCCAAGAGUACUUAAACAGUAAGUUGCGUUUCUACGUUAAAGUGACAAUCUAUGACCAAUAAUUUUAUUUUGCCUUGGUUCAAGUUUUCGACGAUUGUAACUUGUGUAAUCGCUAAAUAAUUGGUGUUUGCUUUGUGAAAUUGUGAUAGUUAAGCACUUGGACGUCUCGAAUUCGUUACAUAUUCUAUUUCAUUACCAUCUUAUCGGCUACACAGAUUUCAGUGUUCUAUACAAGUUUUUAACCUAUUAUAUUAAUUACAUUUUUUAUUAUUUAUUAAAUGUUUUUGAAUACCCAUUAUUGAUAUUUAUCGUCUAGUGUAUACUGUUUAUAGUGUUUGCGUUUUAAUUAUAUUCAUCAUGUUUUGUGAUUUCGACAUGAAAAUGUUUAACCGUGAUACCAAUGAUUUAUUUUAUACGGAUUGUUUCCAAAAAAAUGGAACCAUGGGUGAGGUGUAUGUUGCAUUUGCAAAAUUACCUACUGCUGGGGAUAAAUUCUUGUAUACAUAUAAUCUACUUAAAAAAUAUGAAAAAUUACCUGUAGUGUGUAAAUUGACAAAUCCCAAAAAUAAUGAAAAAGCUCGUAAAAUCAGAGCAGACGCAAAUGUCAAAUUUCAAAACAGAGACUACACCUCUGCUCUUUAUGAGUACAAUAAGAGUGUUAUGACUGCAAAAAUUGAUAGCCAAGACUAUGUAUUGGCUUUGGCAAACCGUUCAGCUGCACUCUAUUAUUUAGAAGAAUAUGAGGCUUGUAUCCAUGACAUUCACCAAGCUUUAGCUAAAAAAUAUCCUACUGAACUGGCCUACAAGUUAUAUGAAAGAGAAGUGAAAUGUCUUGAACAUAUGGGGAAAACAUCACAAGCUAAAUUAAAAUUUAAAGAAUUUUUGUCUCAUUUAUCGCAAGCCUUGCUGUCUAAAGAAAAGAAAAAAAAUAUUGAAAUGCAAAUUAAAAAGCUUUUAAAAGAAACAAAUAAAAAAGAAACAAAUAAUGAACUAAAUAUAAUUAAAUUAUUAGGAGGUCCAAACAAAAAUAUUCCAGCAUUAUCUAAAUUUGUCAAAAUGAAGUAUUCCGAAUCAAUGGGUAGAUGUUUGGUUGUUUCAUCUGAUAUUAAUCCAGGAGAUGUCCUUGCUAUUGAAAAACCUUAUGCAGGGGUACUAAGACGAGAAUCCUAUGAACAUAACUGUCAGAACUGUUUUAAACGUUGUUUGAGUGGCAUACCUUGUUUAAAAUGUACAUUGGUAAUCUACUGUAAUGAAACUUGCCGAAUACAAUCUUAUGAGAGUGGUCAUAAAUAUGAAUGUUCUAUUUUUUCAACAUUUAAUAAUUGGCCAAGUAUGGAUCAUAUGGAACAUCUAUCACUUAACAUAUUCUUAAAAUCAGUUUGCAACUUAGGAUUGGAUAAGUAUAUUGCUACUGUACAUACUUUGAAUGCUGAAACUACUGAUCCAAUGAUGCGAGGUUUUAAUAAUGGCAAAUAUUUAUCUGACCAAUUUUAUUCCGUGUACACAUUAGAAGGAAAUGAAACUAAAAGAACUGUUAGUGAUCUAUUUUUAAGACAUUGCUAUGCUGCCGUUAUGGUUUCAAUUAUGAAAUUAGCGGGUCUACAAAUACCGGAUCAUCAUCUAGGUACUGUUGGUCAAUCAUUAGUUCAUAUAAUAUGUGCAGUUGCCUCUAAUGCGCAUGGUAUAACACAACCACCAAAUCGUAAGACAUGGAGUCUUGUGCAUAUAAAUCAAUUUAUGCCAGUUGCUUCUUUGUUAAUGCCAGUAUUGAGCUUGUUAAACCAUCAUUGUGAUCCUAACGUAGUACGACACAACUACAAUGGAACUAUAGUCCUCACAGCUAUUCAACCUAUUUCUAAAGACUCACAGCUUUUUGAUAACUAUGGAUUAUUGUAUGCUACACAUCCAAAAGAAACUAGACAUCAAAUACUUAAAAACCAAUAUUGUUUUCGUUGCCAGUGUUCAUCCUGUGAAGGCAAUUGGCCAAUGUAUGAUGUAUUAUGUAAUCAACCACAAUCUGCAUGUAAAAUAUUAACUGACAUCAAUCCACACGUAUUAGAAAAAUCAUCAAUUAAGUUGUAUGAAAUAAUUGAUGAAAUUAAAGCAAACGAAUGUGAUGGUCUCCAAUACAUUCAGUUCUUGUACUCUCAUUUAAAACUUCUUCACAGUAAUAUAAAAAGACCGAUGGUAGAGUACUGUGACUGCCAGGAAACUAUUAAAGAAAUUCUCUAUAGUACAGCUAAUAAGUUUAUUAUUGAAGAUUAUUAAAUUAUUAUAAAUACUGGUUGAGUAUUUUUUAUUAUUCAAAAACAUUUUAAUUUUUAUGUAAUAACCAAGAAAACAAGAGUCUUAUUUCUUAUUAAC